AUUUCAAAACCUUGCAGAGGGAUUUGUGAGUUGAGUGAUUCUUUCGAGUUAUUCCGUCACACCUUCUUUUCGCGACGCCGAAUUGUUUUUCCUCGUUUUGCAGCUCAGCGAAAAAAAGUGCAUUAAUCCUCACACGGGUUUGCAAAGUGCAUUCGAGACGGAAGCAAGUGGCGUUUCUCUUUAUGGUUGAUGGUUAAUGGUUAUGAUUAUGGCAUAGAGGGAAAAAAAUACUCCGCUGAAUGGAAACCAAAGUGAGGGAGGUGCAUUCAAAUUGCCUCGAUGUGUUACGGAAUAGCUGCGGUGCCAGAGAGAUUCAGCACCGUGUGUACGUUGGUAACGUAACGUUUCUUCAUCAUCAGCUGGCUGCUAUCGUCGUCGUCAUAACUUAACAGUGAAUACACAAGCUGUCUGACCAGGUGGGGUUGGACCAACGUUUGGCUUGGAUUAUGUGAAAAGAGAAGAAGAGCAGUGUGUGUCUGUGUGUUGCAUGUAUAGUUAAACAGGGUUAAUUUAAAGUGAUUUCAAUGCUAAGCAGCUGCUUUACUGAGGAAUUGCGUGUUUGUGUGACCUACUAAGGACUCACUGAUCCUGUUGAGAUAAUGAGCAAUGGAAGUUUGUAAUCGGAUUAGUUGUGUUGAAAUAACGACCGUGGCAGGCCCACCCGGCCUCCAGCGGCCGGAGGAGGACACCGUCGACGAAGCGCCCGUUGGCCAACGGCGGAACAACGAAACGACGCCGCCGACGACGACCGGGAUGGAGGUGAGCAACCACACGGCGUCGACGCUGAGCAGGAGCAACAGCCGGACGAGCUCCAACAGCGAGCUGGAGAAGGAGCUGAUCGACCUGGAGAUCAGCGGCAAUGGUGGCGGAAACGGCAGCAUCCACAACAAGUCCAGCACACUCAAGAAACGGAUCUCAAGCAGCCGGACGCCGGCCAAGAAGGCGAAGCGGGUGCGGUUUUUUCGGAACGGUGACCGGUUCUACACGGGCAGCACCAUACCGGUGUCGGGGGAGCGGUAUAGGUCAUUCGAUAGCCUCACGGAGGACCUGACGCGGCUGCUCGAGGACAGCGUAACGCUGACGGGCGCCAUCCGCACCAUCUACACCCUCGACGGCAAGAAGGUCGACAAGCUCGAGGACCUCGAGGACGGCAAAUGCUACGUAUGUUCCUGUAAUAACGAAGGUUUCAAAAAGAUAGACUACAACACCACCAACACCAGCAUCGUGGCGGCGACCAAGAACACCAAUAGACUGUCUAGACUAAUACGUCCAGUAUCACCAAUCAAAAAUGGCUCCAACGGGACGACACCUCUCAAAGAAAUCGCCUCCGUUGUGCAUCCACGGAUUGUGACCCUAAUUAGAAACGGCGUGAAGCCUCGAAAGAUUCUCCGGUUACUGCUGAACAAGCGCAACAGUCCAUCGUACGAGCACGUGCUCACGGCCAUCACGCAGUGCGUCAAGCUGGACACGGGCUGCGUGCGGAAGGUGUUCACCCUGUCCGGGGUGCCGGUCCUAAAGUUGGCAGAUUUCUUCGGCGAGGAGGAUGUGUUCUUCGCGUACGGCAACGAGCGCGUCGGCAACGACGACUUCGAGCUGGAGACGGACGAGCGGAAGGCGGUCCAGGCCACGAAGAAAACGCUCCGAAGUAACACGACCCGGACGGGGCCGAAGCCCAAGAUGCCCAUCAAGAGCCACAACGACACGUUCGUGUGCGUGGACGAAACCGUGCUGAACGGGGUCAUAUCGCCGGACUCGCUGCCGCUGGAGCUGCAGGCCAAGUACACGCUCGGGUCGAUCAUUGGUGACGGUAACUUUGCUGUUGUACUGAAACUAAAGGACAAAUCAACGAACGUCGAGUACGCGCUCAAGAUAAUCGACAAAUCCAAAUGCUCCGGCAAGGGUCACUACCUCGCGGCGGAGAUCCGCGUCAUGAAGAAGCUCAACCACCCGUACAUCAUCCAGCUGGUGCAGGACAUCGAGACGAUAAACAACAUGUACCUGGUGCUGGAGCUGGUGCGCGGUGGCGACCUCUUCGACGCCAUCACCCGCGUCACCCGCUUCUCCGAGAACCAGUCCAAGGUGAUGGUGAAGCACCUGGCGUCCGCCAUGUCGUACAUGCACGCGCUCAGCAUCGUGCACCGGGACAUCAAGCCGGAGAAUUUGCUGGUUGAACUGGACAAGGACGGCAACGUUGUGCUGCUGAAGCUCGGGGACUUUGGGCUGGCCUGCGAGGUUACCGAGCCACUGCUUUCGGUAUGCGGGACGCCCACGUACGUGGCGCCGGAGAUUCUCAUGGAGACCGGUUACGGAGUGAAGAUUGACGUCUGGGCGGCCGGCAUCAUCCUGUACAUUCUGCUGUGCGGCUUCCCGCCGUUCGUGUCGCCGGACAACCAGCAGGAGCAGCUGUUUGACGCGAUCCUCAACGGGUUCUUCGACUUCCCGGCACCGUACUGGAACAACAUCGGGGACAGCGUGCGCGAUCUGAUCAUCAACAUGCUGCAGUCGGACCCGGAGCUGCGGUUCUCGAGCGAGGACAUCCUGGACCAUCCGUGGCUGACGAGUGACGUCGUGGACGACACGCGGGAUCCCAACGGGUAUCGGAUCAUCUCCAAUCUGGUCUACUAGAGGGAUAUUGCUAUUCCACAAACACACUCACACUCACACCUCUCCUUCUUUCGUUUGGCCUAGUUUUAGUUGAACGCACACACCGUAGACACUUCUGUUAUCUAUUGAUGAUUUUUGGUUCGUCUCUGUAGCACGCGCACAACAUCUUUUACUUUACGCUCUUUGUGUUUAGAGGGUAGAAAUAUUAUAUUAUUUUCUGUGAUUAUUUAAAAGCAUUGAACUUAGCAAUUUUCCUGUAGCUUUCGGUACUGCGCGUUACGUUUAGUUGCAACAUUAGGUAGAACCAACUGAAUAGUGUACAUAUAUAGCAUGGCAAAUAGUCGAUCCCCUGUCUCUUUCCCCCCUCACCCUCCUCUUUGUGUCGUUAUCUCUAGAUUAUUCAAAUUAUUGUGUUUUUUCUUUUGUCUCUUCCCAAUAAUUUUGUCUCUCCAAACUUCUUAUUCCAUAUCAAGUACGGCAUGAAUGUGAAAAACAAGCGUGUGAAUGAAACGUACGAGGAUGAAGCGCGCGCCCGGAACAGUUUAGUGAAGACAGAGAACGCCAAAAAAGUGAGUGAAUAUCAUUGUUUGACGACGACGACGACCGUGAACCGUGUCGUGACGGUUUUGUGGCAUCGAAUUCCAAAACUCUAUUUAAUUAAUCAACACAAAAUGAAGCUGCAUAUUUAUACACUACCCACUUCUGUCCCCCUCCUGCUCCGCCCCCAAACCCAACUUUUGUAAAUAGACAUUUUAAGAUAUUCUUAAACCAAGCAACUGCUGCUUAGAGCUACUGUGUAACUAUUAAGAAAACAACAAGAAUCACACACACACACACAUGAUUGGUAUUAUUUGUCCUGAUUAUCAUGAACUACUAGCGAGAGAACGAGACGACAAGGAUAAUCACGUUUUGCAGAGGUUUUAUUCGAUUUGAAUAACGUAAGCAAGCUUAUUUAAUUAGUUUAGUUGAUGGUUAGCUCAAUUGUUGGCGCGUCGAAAUUAGUCCCGCACACGAGAAGCGUCGCGAAAGCAAAAAUCAAUUCCUAUUUAUUACCCGUUCUUUGAAUUGUGACUAUUUUGUUUUCAUUUACUUUUUUUUUGUUUGUUUUCGUAUGCGUAAGAGUCACCCCCCUAAACCACAACCUUCCUGGAAGAUCAAAUAAGCACCGCGUGUUGAAAAGAAAAGAUAGAAAAAAACUGUUUAUUGAUAGUGUAACAUUUUUUUUCGUUUUCCUGUUUGUUUAAGUUUGAUUAAGUUAAUGCAUUCGCACCGAGAAAUAACCGCGAGAGAGAGAGAGAAAUAAUUAAGUAAUACAAUCAGAGUCGAAUGAUGGAACGAUACACUCCUACACACAAACACCCAUAAACACAGACACACAUUCUAGAGAUUAAGGCGAGAGGCAAUGUCGGAAAAUUUGACGAUCAGAGCUAGUUUGGUUUAUAAAUUAUGAUAGAGAGAAAGAGAAUACACACACAUUAUACACAACAAGCCUG